GUGAUGCAUGUUUUCUUUGCAGUUUACGUGUGAACUUAGACAUGGGCAAAGCAGCCUAUGGGUGGAUGAUUAUGAAGGAUGACAAUAUACCUGGAACAGUUGUCCGAACCAGCACCAUACCAGAAGAAUUGGGUCGUUUAGUAUAUUUGCUAACGGAUAAGACAGGAACGCUGACCCAGAAUGAGAUGAUAUUUAAGCGCCUCCACCUAGGUACUGUCUCUUAUGGGACAGAUACAAUGGAUGAAAUUCAGAGUCAUAUUAUAAGUUCUUACUCACAGAUGCAUUCCCAGUCCAGUGGAAACAGUACCAGUUCAACACCUUCCAGAAAAACCCAGUCUUCUGCACCCAAAGUCCGCAAGAGUGUCAGCAGUCGGAUACAUGAAGCUGUGAAAGCUAUUGCACUGUGUCACAACGUAACUCCCGUGUAUGAAUCCCGCACUGGAGUGACUGCAGAAACAGAAUAUGCAGAAGUGGAUCAGGACUUCAGUGAUGAAAAUCGUACAUACCAGGCUUCCAGCCCUGAUGAGGUAGCUCUGGUGCAAUGGACAGAAAGUGUUGGUCUUACUCUGGUUAACAGGGAUCUGACCUCAAUGCAACUGAAGACCCCUGGUGGACAGAUUUUGACAUACUAUAUUCUCCAAAUUUUUCCCUUCACAUCAGAAAGCAAGCGCAUGGGAAUCAUAGUCAGGGAUGAAUCUACAGGGGAAAUCACAUUUUACAUGAAAGGUGCAGAUGUUGCAAUGUCCACCAUCGUACAGUACAAUGAUUGGUUAGAAGAGGAGUGUGGCAACAUGGCACGAGAAGGAUUGCGCACUCUGGUUGUUGCCAAAAAGUCAUUAACAGAAGAACAAUACCAAGAUUUUGAGAAUCGAUAUAACCAAGCAAAGUUAAGCAUACAUGAUAGAGCCCUGAAGGUUGCUGCUGUUGUGGAGAGUUUGGAGAGAGAAAUGGAAUUGCUAUGUCUCACUGGAGUAGAAGAUCAGCUACAAACUGAUGUUAGACCAACUCUGGAAAUGCUGAGAAAUGCUGGAAUAAAGAUAUGGAUGUUAACAGGAGAUAAACUGGAGACAGCUACUUGUAUUGCAAAAAGUUCCCACUUAGUAUCUAGAACUCAAGAUGUUCACAUUUUCAGACCCGUAACCAAUCGAGGAGAAGCUCACUUAGAACUAAAUGCCUUUAGAAGAAAGCAUGACUGUGCUUUGGUGAUAUCUGGCGACUCUCUAGAGGUUUGUCUGAAAUAUUAUGAACAUGAGUUUGUAGAGCUGGCAUGCCAGUGCCCUGCUGUAGUGUGCUGUCGCUGUUCACCCACCCAGAAAGCCCAUAUUGUGAAACUCUUACAACACCACACUGGAAAACGCACAUGUGCAAUAGGUGAUGGAGGAAAUGACGUCAGUAUGAUUCAAGCAGCAGACUGUGGAAUUGGAAUUGAAGGCAAGGAGGGAAAGCAAGCUUCCUUGGCAGCUGACUUUUCUAUCACACAGUUUAAACAUAUAGGCAGGCUGCUGAUGGUACACGGUCGAAACAGUUACAAAAGAUCAGCAGCACUUGGUCAAUUUGUCAUGCACAGGGGCCUUAUUAUUUCAACUAUGCAGUGCACUGCACAUGGAAGCAUCUUAAGUAAUUUAGUAAUGCUCAGUUUUAAAAUGUGCUGUCUUCUCUUUUUCAAGGCUGUAUUUUCUUCAGUCUUCUAUUUUGCAUCUGUUCCUUUGUACCAGGGAUUCCUAAUGGUGGGGUAUGCAACUAUAUACACUAUGUUCCCGGUCUUCUCUUUAGUGCUGGAUCAGGAUGUGAAACCAGAAAUGGCAUUGCUAUAUCCAGAACUUUAUAAGGAUCUCACAAAGGGAAGAUCCUUGUCUUUUAAGACCUUCUUCAUCUGGGUUUUAAUCAGUAUUUACCAAGGUGGUAUUCUGAUGUAUGGAGCCCUGCUGCUUUUUGAAUCUGAAUUUGUACAUGUUGUUGCCAUUUCCUUUACUGCCCUAAUCUUGACUGAGCUCUUGAUGGUUGCACUGACCAUACGAACAUGGCACUGGUUAAUGGUGGUGGCUGAAUUCCUCAGUCUUGGCUGCUAUGUGGCCUCCCUUGCAUUUCUAAAUGAAUAUUUUGGUAUAGGCAGAGUGUCUUUUGGAGCUUUCUUAGAUGUUGCCUUUAUCACAACUGUGACCUUCCUGUGGAAAGUGUCAGCAAUCACUGUUGUAAGCUGUCUUCCACUUUACAUACUCAAGUACUUGAAGCGUAAAUUUUCUCCUCCAAGUUACUCCAAGCUUACCUCGUAAAAAUGACUAUGUUCCUACAGUUUUUUUCCACCAAGGCACUGAGAAUUGCUUAAGCAGACUCCUUGUGCUUCAAUGAGAGCAAAUAUGUCAAAUGUUAAAGAAACAAAAACAAACAAAAAAAAGAAAAGUGGAGUGAACAGAGCACAAAAAAGGAGGGAAUGUCUGACAGGUACUUGUAGGGAAGUACACUUUACCAUCAAAUAUAACUAAUGUUCAUUUUCAUGUUGGUUUUUCUUUAACUUUCAGUUGCUACAGUUAUGAAAUAAACCGAAUUAACCUUUGAGUUGACAAUGCUUCUGAAUGGUUUUGUUUCUGUUGUAAAGGAUUUUUUCUACUGCACUAAUCUUCUGCAAGUUGAACUGAAAGCUUAGUAUUACAUUAUUUCCCAACAAAUUCCAGUUCUUUCUUUGAUGUUUAUAUAUACAAAUAUUCAUUCCUAUUUAAAUACAAUACCACAAACCUAGAAUCUGUAAAUGCCGUUGUCUGUAUUUGCUGCUAUAUAAUACUCGUCAUCAAACAUUGAUAAUAUGCACUAUUUGAAUUAUGUACAGAUGUCUUCAUAGCACAGUAUUACUUUAGGAGCUGUUGUCCUCUUUUCUGUGAUCUCCAUUCCUGGCACUGGUAAAUAUUAACAGAUAUGUGAAUUCUGUGAUAUUGACAGCAGUUCUUUAAAUGCACAUGAAAGCCAAGUUGCACAAAAUCUGUAAAAAUUCCUGUACAUAAUUCCAUUGCACCUACUGAUUUGUACAGAACAUCAAAGACAUUGCUGUUCAGUAAAUAUGUUUUAAAAAUUCCUAGCCAUUUUGUAUUUGUAAAACUGCAAAUAGAUAGUGUCAAGGUGCAUUUCUAUAUAUCAGAAGUCCUAUAAACCUUGUAUUAGCGAAUAUGUUUAAAUUGCCUUGUAAUCUGUUUACUUAGGUUACUCAGGUAAAAUGAAAUGAGAUGAACAUUUUAUGUUAUGGUAGGAAAAUAUAUCAUUUUUCAAGAUGUAAUGUUUAUGUUUUUAUAAUCCAGAUUGUUAGUUACAAAAGAACUGAGGCAAGAUCUUCCUUGUCUGCUUUAAAUUGUCAUGGUUCUUCCCUGGACCUAUGACUCUUUAUGCCAGCUGAAGAUCUGGCCCAGAAAGUGAUAUUCACUCUUCUAAUACAAUAUGAAGGUCCGAACCAUAUGUACUGUAUUGGGAUGCAGGCUAUCUGUUAUUUUAUUUCCCAUUGUGGUAGAAAAAAUUGAUUUUUAUGCAAUACAUAUGACAGAUUAUUUGGCAUGGUCCAUCAUCUACUGAAAGAAAAAGCAUAAUUAUCCAUACUUCUUUAUUAAAACAAUAUUUAUUUGUACAUUUUUUAAAACACUUUAUAUUGAUGUCAUUUUUAUCACAGAUAUUUUUUGUUUGACUGUGUGUCUUUUUGACAUAAUUCCUUGUGUCUGACAUGUCCCUUAAAUCAUUUAUUACAAUGUUGUAUGAGUGAAACUUUUGCAAUGAUUAACAAUCUAACCACUUCCAGAAAACAAAGCUGUUGCAGAGCUGUUUGAACUGCACUACACUCCAUUUGUUUUGUUUUGAGAAUUUUUUUUUACCAGUUACCUACUUCUUAUUUUUUUUAACCUUUCGUUCUUCUUUGUAAGAGCAAUAAAGCCUAAUUGCUACCAAACACUA